UGUACCGUUAUAGACCGGGUCGGAGACAAGCUGAGAAACAAAGCAGAUAGGCAAGAAUUGCUGCUCUCCUUCGGGCGGACACGACGAUCGCCGCUAGAAGGGAAAAACGUGAAAGAGAUUCGUGUCUCGAGAAGUGCGUUUGACCGGCGCAACGCCGAAGCGAAACGGGAAUAGAUCACGAUCUCUCGCCGCAGUUUCAAUUUCAAUAUUUCUGUCGAAGAGAUUCCGUCGUGCGGUUUGGACACUCGCGACUUAAAAGCGAUAAGAAAACGCCCUCAGGGCAACAGCUGUAAAUUUGUGGUCAGAAGACUUUCCCCCGGGAUUUGGUUUUAAUUUUAUCUGAUAAGUGAACUCAAAAAAACCCCAGAGAAGCAUGUCCGGAGACGUUCAGCCAAGGAAGCGCAAGGACAAGAAGAGGAAAAAAGAUGAUGAAGACACUGUUAAGGAAACGCCCGCACCCAAGGUAACGGCCGGAGCUGCCCAAGCCGCCACUCAGCCCGGUGACAUUCAGAUGCACGUGCACAACGAUCACGGAACCGGUGGCCAUUGGUGUGCAAAAGUAGUGUUCUUCAUUCUCCUCACCGGUUUGGGUGCCCUGAUCGGGUUAAUCAUUCUCGAAAACCGGGGCGUUUCGAAUGCCGAUACGCCCUUAUCGGAAUCACGAUACGCCGAGUACUUUGACGGGUGGGUAGAUGAAAACCGCGAAGACGAUCACCACCAUGAGGAGAUUCUGGAAGCGUUGAACCAACUGGACGAGCAUGAGGAUGAAGAUGAAGCUCACGGCGAGGCGGAUGACCAUGGCGAUGAGGAGGACGAAGAUGAUGGGGCUCCCUACGCCGAAGAGGAAGAUCAUGACGAUGAACGUGACCUGCAAGAUGAAGAAGAUGAAGGCGAGCUGCCGAAGCUAGAUGACGAUGAAGUUGAAGAAAUUGUAGCCACUGAGAAGAAGGUUGCUCAACAGGAAGCUCGAGCUGCAGCGGACAAUGACGAUGAUGAUGAUGAUGCUUAUGAAAAUGAGGAGGAUGAAAAUGAGGGUGGCGAUGAAGCCGAUCAGGCUGACGCCGAAGAAGAAGAAGAAGAAGAAGAAGAAGAACAAAUAGAAUACGACGAAACGGAUGAACUCGUCGACGAGGCUGACGAAGACGCCGACGAUGACGAGAACGAUGAAGAAGAUGAUGCUACAAAAACAACCGCAAAGACAGUUGACGACGACCAUCCUGAUGACGACAAUGACAACGACGACGGAGAUGAGAACGAUGAUGGCGAGGAUAAGGAUACCGGCGCUGGAGACUUUGGAGAUGAUAAUGAUGACGAUGACGACGAUGAUAAGGAACCUGAAUUGGAGCAAAACGAUGAUGAUGGCGACGAUGAAGAAGAUGGUGAUACUAAGGUCGAUCAGGAUGGUGACGAUAAUGACCAAGACGCAGACGAUAAUGAUGAUGACAAUGAAGAUGGUGAUAAUAAUCGUGAUGGGGAAUUGGAUGAUGAUGAUGACAACGAACCGGUCGCCACUGGCAAUGCUAACGAUGACGACGACGAUGAUGAGCCAGAUAAUCAAACCGCCGAAGAUGAUGAUGAUGAAAAUGAUUCCAUCGCCAAAGAAAUCAAUCAGCUAGCCGAAGAUGAUGACGACGACGAUACGGUUGAAGGAAACUCACCAUUCGAUGAAGAGGACGAUGAUGAUCAAGUGAACGACGACACUUUCAGCAAAAAGGCUGUCAAUGACAAAGAUGACGGUGACCAGGACGAUGACGAGGAUGAUGAUGAAGACAAUUUUGAAAACUUCGUCGAUAAUGACGGCGGCGAAGAAGAGUACCUCGCAAAGUUACGGAAGGAGCAGGAGCAACGAAAUCAGCAGAAACAACAAGAAGAAAAAGACGAGCCCCGAGAAGAAUCAUCUCUUGUGGUGCAGAUCUUGGUUGGCGCAGCCCUGAUCGGAGCUGCUCGUAUCCUUCUGAUGCCUUCCGCACGUGGUUCUACUCCACGGCCACAAACGGUAUCCAAUGAGCAAACGGCGCCAUCGAAUAGCACAUACCAGCAUACGGACGGAAGCUAUCCCUCGUCGAUUGACGAGGAACAGGAAGCGAACUUGAUGAGCAACCUGAGUGAACGAUUGCUGCGUACUGAGAUGGCAGCCGCCAAUUUGGUCGAGAAGGCUGAGAUCAUUGAAGAAUUGCUCAGUCCAAGGCAGGGUGUCGUUCAACAGCCUCGAUCGGUAAUGGAAGAUUUCGUCAAUGCCGCCGGAAGUGGGCUGGGCGGCGAUGAUGAGGAAAUAAUCGAGGGCAAUGUAAUUCUUAUCGAAGGCGAUGAUGGAGAACUCUACUCUGGCGAUGAAGAGUACGACUAUGAACCGGAAGAUGACUACGGUGAAGAGCUAGAAGAGAUUGAAGAGGAGGAAGAAUAUGAAGAAGAGGAACAAAAGUUGAUAGAACAGGAGCUCGAAAUCGGAUCUUUUGUGCCGACCACGUUCGAAGAGUUCAGUUCUAUGUACCGAGCGCCCUCAAGCGGUGAAACCAACGAAUCGAUUCCAGUACUUCCUGAAGCAGUUCCAGUUACAACUCAAUCGGUUGUUCCUGAACCACCUUCUAAAGAAACCCCAAAAACCAUUCACAAAGAAUCGCCGCUAAUGAAAAAGAAGCCUCCGAAAGGGGCAUUGAACAAACUUAUCUACGGACUUCACAAAGAACCGUUGAUCACUGCGGAGGAUCUCCAACAAUCGAUAGAGCAAGUAGCAGCAUCUGCGAGUCAAUCGGCGAAAGAGAAACACGUGGAGUUUAUACUUCCUGAGCAGGUCUCGGAUAUUCCGCUACCCGAAGAGGAGCUUCCCAUGGAAGUACCUGAAGAUGUCAUGGAUAAUGGCAGUAAAGAGAACCUUUUUAUUCCUUACGACGAUGAAGGAGACAUUGAAGACUCGUAUGAAGAUGAGUUGCUCUACGAAGAUGAGGAAGAGCUGGACUCGGUUCUGCUACGGCAGUAUCCUUCUGAUGAAGAAGAAGAACCGUUUUCGGACGACGAACUAUCCGAUGUAGACGACUCAGAACUGAUGAAACGCCUGGAGGAGAAAUAUGGCAAGCUGGAGGUGAAGAAAGAUCCUGCUGCACAACAACCCGAGGACGGAGACGAAGAAGAAGACAGCUGGACAAAGAUUCCCUCUAGGCCUAGUGAAUCUCAGAUCUACGAGGAAGAACUGAAUCGAGCGAGAAGACAUCUCGAUGAGCUGAAGAAUCCGAAGAAAGCAUUGGAAGAGUAUGAAACGCUGCUGCGCAAAAGUCGUCGCCUAGUUCCGGCCCUGGUUGGGAAGGCGCGUGCCCUGGAUGUACUGGCUGAGCAGAAGCAAAGUAAUUCCCUGCUAAGUGAGGCCAUAGGAGCUUACAGGGAUGUGGUAUUGUUGGGGGACGCCGUAGAUGACGAGACGGCCAGAACCGCCGGCGAACGGUGCAUCGAUCGGUCUCGAUUCCGUGGACAGUAUCUACAGGUGAUCGAUGUGCAUCAGGAGCUGAUUCGGCGAUUUGAUUCCGAACCUAAGUAUAGGAAUCAGCUGGCGGUGACCUAUCUAUUGGCUAACAGAUUACCAGAAGCGAAAGCAGUGCUUCACGAAACCCUAAUGCGCUGGAUCGACGAUGGAUUCGCUUUGGUGCACUAUGGGUUUGUGUUGAAGAAUCUCGACAAAGACAUGGAACUGGCAGCACAAUACCUUCGCGAAGGCAUCGAAACCGAACAGGAAGGCACUCAAGAUGGUCGGUUCUACUUCCACCUUGGCGAUGCACUGCAACGUCUAGGCCGACAACAAGAAGCCUUGGAUGUGUAUAGAAAAGGUGCCGAGAAGAAGCUGUUCCUAUCGAUGUACCAACGAUCGCUGUACAAUGUAGACAGUCUUAAGUCGCGACCGUUUUGGACAGUCGAACAAACCACAUUUGCGGCUCAGCUGGAGUUGAUACAGUCGCAGUGGACGGGCAUACGAGACGAAGGUCUCAAACUGCUAAAUUCAGCCGGAAACUUCAAAGACGAGGCCGAGAACCUUCGUGACACCGGAGAUUGGAAGCAGUUCGAGCUGUUCUUCCGGGGCUACCGGAUAGACAAGAACUGUGCCAAAGCGCCCCUCACGUGUCGCCUGGUAGAACAAUUCACGGCGGCCCGUAGCUGUAAGCGAGGCCAGGUAAAGUUCAGCGUGAUGCAUCCGGGAACGCACGUGUGGCCACACUGCGGACCAACCAACUGCCGAAUACGGGCACAUUUGGGACUGAAGGUGCCGAGCGGCACGUUCAUUCGUGUCGCGGAGGAGACGAGAUCUUGGGAGAACGGCAAAUGGCUCAUCUUCGACGAUAGCUUCGAGCACGAAGUGUGGCACAAUGGCACCAGCACCCGCCUGGUGCUUAUUGUCGACUUUUGGCACCCGGACCUGACGGAAUCUCAGCGAAAGUCACUAUCCCCGAUCUGAGCAAGCAACAAGGUAUUCACCAUUUCAAAAAAGCCUUAUAUCUCGGUGCAACUUCCACCAAAGACGUUAGAUGUAGAGACAGGAGGACGUGGUCGAUCAAGUAUCAAAUAGAAAAGUGCAUUUCUUUAUUCGCUGCUUUAUUUUAUGUUCAAAUUUGAGUUUUACAUUACGAGUGAGAUGUAUAGAAAACUUAAGGUCGAAUUAUCUGUAUAUGUUAAGCAAUCGAAUGAGAAUAUUUUUAGAGGUUUGUUUAUACAAGAACAACUAGGACUAUGUACACGAGUUUAGCCAUGAGGACAAUCAAAGACUUGAAGGAAGAGGUCAGAUAUUGUAUUA